AUGAUAGAGACGCCCGUCUACACGGACGAGGAUGUGCCUUCUUAUCCGCAGUGUACUCCGCAGGCGCUGAGGAUCGUCCACGUCGGGGCCGGUGCGUCAGGCCUCAUCUUCGCGCAUAAGGCAGAGAAGCUGUUGAAGAAUUACGAGCUAGUGUGUUACGAGAAGAAUGAGGUUUUAGGUGGUACGUGGUGGGAAAACAGGUAUCCAGGCUGUGCUUGUGACAUCCCCGCGCACACAUAUACGUUCCCGUUCGAGCCAAACACAGAGUGGUCCGGGUAUUAUUCGUACUCGGAUGAGAUCCAGCAGUACAUGCUCAAUUUCGCGAAGAAGUACGGUGUAGAGAAGUACAUCCGACUCAACACGGAGGUCCUUUCCGCCACUUGGGAUGAUGAGAAGAGUAACUGGGCGGUCGAUCUAAAACGCAAGGACGGCACCACGUUUACCGAUACCUGUGACGUGCUCGUAAACGGCUCCGGCGUCGUUAACAAGUGGAAGUGGCCCGCUAUCGAAGGCUUGCAUGACUUUCAAGGUGUGCUCGCACACUCUGCUGCGUGGGACUCGUCCAUCGACUGGGCAGGGAAAGCCGUGGCGCUCAUCGGCACCGGCUCGAGCUCGAUUCAGAUGCUGCCUAAGUUCGCCGAGACGGCCACGCACGUCUCGGUCUUCAUGCGCAACAAGACUUACAUCGGCCCACAGUUUGGCGCGAAUGUGUCGAACAAAGAGGCCGACCCGGAUGCUAUGGAGCCGCACGCAGCUGGGAAGCAUCAGUAUACGGAGAAGGAGAAGCAGAGAUUCAGGGACGAUCCCGAUUAUCUCUUGAAAUAUCGAAAAGACGUCGAGCGAUCCGUCGUGGGUGGGUUCAAGAUGUUCUAUCGCGGAUCGGAAUUAAACAUCGCCGCGAAGCAGUUGAUGCAAGACAGCAUGUCGAAGAAACUGGGAGACAGGGAGGAUCUCAAGAAGCAUUUCAUCCCGGAGUGGAGUCCCGGUUGUCGUCGCCUGACGCCGGGAGAGGGGUAUCUCGAAAGUCUUUGCAAGCCAAACGUCACUCCCGUGUUUGACGAAAUAGUCAAGGUAACGGCCACAGGUGUCGUGACCGCAGAUAAUACCGAGCACAAGGUUGACAUCCUCGCCUGCGCCACGGGCUUCAACAUUCAAUAUUUACCACACUUUCGCAUCACCGGCACGGGAGGGCAGGUAAUGCAGGAUCAGAAAGAUCCCCAAGUCUACGCCUCGGUCGGUGUACCUGGGUUCCCGAAUUACUUCGUCGUCAACGGACCCCGUGGGAACUGGGGCCAGGGCUGCAUCCUCCCGUCGCACGAGGUCCAAACCGAGUACAUCAUUCAGUGCUGCCGCAAGAUGCAAGAGGACGACAUCAAAUCCAUGACCCCCCGCCAGGAUGCCACCACCCAGCUGAAUCUGUACAUGGACGCCUGGCACCGGAAACACUCGGUGUGGGCCGAGGACUGUCGAAGUUGGUAUAAGGACAACAAACCGGAUGGCAGGGUGCAUAUCUGGCCCGGCAGUUUAUUUCAUCAUUUGAAGUUCAUGAAGAGGCCACGGUUCGAGCAUUUUGAACUCAAAUACAGGGACGAGAAUAAUAUGUUUGCCUUCUUGGGCAAUGGCGUGACCAUUACGGAGGAGAAAUUUGCCGGCUCGCCGGAUCUGCCGAUUCCGUAUAUGCGGAAAGAUGAGGAUGAGAUAUGGGACAUUGAAUAG